GCUGCCAAUCUCUCACCAUCAACGCGCGCGCCAUGGCAUCCGUCGUUUUGAAGAGGACUGGACAUAAGAUGCCGCUGAUCGGAUUUGGUCUUUGGAAGAUAAACAAAGAUCAGUGCGCCGAUACUGUCUACAACGCCAUCAAGGCCGGCUAUCGUCUAUUGGAUGGUGCGGGCGAUUACGGUAAUGAAAAGCAGGCCGGGGAAGGCGUCAACCGUGCUCUCAAAGAGGGCAUAGUAAAACGCGAAGAUCUAUUCAUUACCUCCAAGCUUUGGAACACUUUCCACGCUCAUGAUCAUGCAAAGGCGGCAGCCAAGAUGCAAUUGAGUCACUGGGGGCUGGAUUACUUCGAUCUCUUUCUUAUCCACUUCCCGAUUGCUCUUCAGUACGUUGAUCCUGCCCACCGAUACCCACCUGAGUGGUUCGGUGAUGACGGGAAGGUGCAUCUUCAAAACACACCAAUGCAAGAGACUUGGGGCGCCAUGGAGGAAUUACUAGAGGAAGGACUAGUGCACAACAUCGGCCUGAGCAACAUCGGUGGCUCUCAGAUUCUGGACGUCCUUCGCUAUGCGAAAUACGAACCUCAAGUCAUCCAAGUCGAGUUGCACCCUUACCUGACUCAGGAAGCUCUCGUGAAGUUUACUCGAGCUCACGGGAUCGCAUUGACUGCGUAUUCGUCGUUUGGGCCUCAAGGCUAUAUCGAGCUUGGCGUUGAUAUGACGAACACGAAAAGUCUCAUGGAGCAGGACGCCAUCAUCAAGAUAUCCCAAGCUCAUCAGAAAACACCUGCACAGGCCCUUUUGCGAUGGGCAACUCAGCAAGGUAUCGCUGUCAUACCCAAGAGCAACAGCCACGAGCGCCUGGUCUCCAAUCUCGACUGCAAUUCGUUUGAUCUGACGGCGGAUGAGAUCAAAAAAAUAUCUUCCCUGAACUUGCAUCUCAGGUUGAACGAUCCCGUCGAUAUUGACCCUCGACUUGCCAUAUUUGCGUAG